AUGGUCGACCCCGUCUCGUACGUCAAGAUGUUCUUCCGCAGCGUAUUCUCCGUCUUCAGUCCAUCCACCACCACGGUCUGGCAGAACAACAUCGCCUACUCGAUCACGCUCCACAACCCGCGCGUCCUGCUCUACCGCGGUCCCGAAACCUACGUCACCUUCUCCAUCUACGCGCAGGCCUACUCUGCCGAUGCCCGUAAGCAGCUCGAAUCGCUCUCCUCGAGCCAGCUCAGCGACGUUGUCAAGGCGACGAACGUUCAACUUGUCCAAAAGGGAUGGAUCGCUGGUGUCGUCGGAUGGAAUGCGGCUGGGGCGCUGGGUGUGGCGACGAAGAAGGGGUGGGAUGUGACGCCGGCGGGCAGGGCGAGUUGGAAGGACACGCAAGCGGAGGCGAGUGGGCUGUCGAUCAAGCAGCAGGAGGAUGAGGAUUGGGGUGAGAAGCCUCAACACCGAUCGUCGCACCAAACCGUCACGAACGGUCAAGAGGAAUACGAGAUGCAGACUCUCAACAAGACUCCCGAUGAGCCUCUCAGAGAAACCCGACACAUCGCGCUCAAGCGCAAGGAAAAGAUCGACAAGCAGAUCCGCUCCCAAUCGUCCACCAUCGACACCGUCGACACCUCCUCCGACUCCUCCACCCGCGUUCUCGGAACCUACAAGUGUCGCAUCCCCGUCGAAACCGGCGAUGGAUACUUCCGACUCUGGAUCACCUUCCCUUCGCCCGUCACCCGCUCCUCGAUCGGAAUCGGCAGCCCUACCUUCCGACUCUUCUCCUUCUCCCUCACCUCUGCUUCCCCGCGCGGUGCCGCUCUCCUCCCCAUCCCCGUCAUCGCACCCGAACUCCUCCUCCGCUCCGUAUCCAUCGCCCUCACCACUAUCAUGUACGGUCUCUUCCCCGUCGCCGCCAUCGUCGACAAGAUCCUCCCGAGGUGGAUGUCCAGAAGAUUCAUCAACUGGAUCUACAACCGGGUCGGGGCGAAGAACAAGACGGAUCAGCUCAAGGAAAAGUACCAGGUGGACAGGAAGGUGGAACAGGCAAAGGAGCAGGUCAAGAAGGUUCCGUUUGCAAGCGCGGGCAUCAGGACAGAUUGGGAUCUGGAGAGGGAUGCGAAGAGGGGACGCGGUGGUUGGGCGUACCAUUGGUGA